CCUUAUCUUGCGAUAAAGAAACACAUGUCCUGUCGAUGUUUUCACAAAAUCUCCACACAUCGAAUGUGUUAAUAGGAGUAAUGCGACUUUAAAAACUCGAAGACUUCUGAUUUUGUAAAAAGUACAUGCUAUGAUUAGAGAAUAGUUUUAAAUCACUGUAUAUUUACCAAAGAGAGUACUAGUGAUACUAUCGGCCUUAGUGCAAAGGAAAUCCACGAAUCAAAUUAUCCGAAGUACUUCGACAAAGUGAAGAAUACUAAUAAUUAACUAGGACGGAUUCUAUCUGAAAAGAUAUAUAUGCAACAUGUCAGAAUUUGUAAAUGAAAUAGUUUGGGUCCCAAUGGAUGACCGUGCUGUAGGUAAUGGCAAAGUGGCAUCUGUAUAUGAUAAUAUUAACUCAAAUGAAGACCGAAGUAGUCCAUCAAGUUCACAGAAUGAAACCCCAGUGUCUUACGAGGAUCUUAAUGUUGAAAAGGACAACGAUCUUCUAUUGAAUGGAGGAGCUGAUGCUUAUCCUAUUAAUGCUAGUGAAAAGAAAAAACAUUCACAAGAAGAUACUAAACUUGAUUUAGAAGAAGAUGAACUCGAGGACUUUGAGGAUUUAGAGUUCGAACCUAAUAAAUGUAUGCAUGGCAUCGAAAUAGCUCAAACUGCAAUAAGUGGUAUUUUUAAGAAAUAUGGAAAGCAUCUUAGGCGGUUUGCCAAAUACGGGUUCCUUGUUCUGUUCUUCGUCUAUUUUGGGUUCGCUGUGGCGUAUAAUCCGACCAAAGCCAAGGCGCUUAUCGUCAUCACAUGUCUCGUUGUUUUGGGUUUUCUAUACGGUGAGAUAAGAGACAGGUUCGGGGAAAAAAUCUAUAACUGUUGCUGCAAACCAAUCGAAAAACCUUUAUCAUCGAAAUGGAAAUAUAUCAAAUGGGUCGUUUAUAUAGCCCUGAUAAUAGGAAUCAUAGCCUUCCUUAUAUUUGAUGUGGGGCAGCAACCAGAACGUCUUGUUUCAGCAGGAGGCCUUGCGUUUCUGUACUUGGUCGCGUUCUUGUCGUCUACAAACCCUUCUAAGGUAAGAUGGCGCCCAGUAUUAUGGGGACUUGGACUCCAGUUAAUAUUCGCUAUUAUCAUCCUGCGAUGGCCGGCAGGGUAUGUCGCUUUCAAAUUCAUAGGUGACCAGGUGCAAGAGUUUUUAAGUAACAGUGACGAAGGUGCGAAAUUUGUGUUUGGCGAAAAGACAUACCUUGACCAUCCGAUUGCUAUGAAGGUUCUCCCAGUCAUAAUUUACUUCAGUGCAGUAGCUGCUGUUCUCUACUACUGGGGUGUCAUCCAGUGGAUCAUAGGCAAAAUGGCCUUCAUUAUGCAAUUCACGAUGGGUACGACUGCAGUGGAAUCGUUCAGCUGUGCAGCUAAUAUCUUCAUUAGCAUGAUGGAAGCUGCUGUAAUGAUUAAACCGUUUGUCCCCAUACUGACUGAUUCGGAACUUUUUGCUGUCAUGGUUGGAGGAAUGACAACAGUUGCGGGGCUUGCCAUUGCAAUUUAUAUCGAGUUUGGGGCGCCAGCUCAGCACGUUCUAAGUGCAGCCAUCAUGUCAGCCCCUGCAGCAAUGGCGCUGGCAAAGGUGAACUGGCCCGAGACAAAAGUCUCUAAGACAAGGAACGCCAAUGAUGUGAAUCUACCACCUGGGUCAGAGAAGAAUUCUUUGGAAGCAGCAUCUAAUGGCGCAGAGCAGUCAAAGAAACUCAUCGCGACAAUAAUUGUUGUUCUCAUAUCGUUCCUUGGCAUAGUGUCAUUUUUGAACAAAUGCCUGUCAUACUUUGGUGGCCUUGUCGGACAUCCAAUACUUAGCUUUCAGAACAUCUGCAGCUAUGUAUUUUAUCCACUUGCUAUCCUCUUGGGAUGCGACCCCAAUGACGCUGGGAAAGUUGCAAGUCUCAUUGGAAUUAAAAUAUUUGUCCUCGAUGCCGUAGCUUUCAUGCAACUUGGAGAAUACAGAACGCUGCAUAUAAUAACAGAACGUUCCGCGAUGCUGACCACAUAUGCUUUGAUAGGAUGGAGCAACUUAGCCGCAAUGACUGUGUAUAUGGGUUUGAUGAGUACUCUGCUUAGCCCAAAAAGGAAGGGGAUAUUGACAGUGAUCGGACCAAGGGCUAUGAUAAUUUCAAACAUGGCGUCCUUUUCAACUGCUUGCAUCGCUGGACUUUUACAUACGGGUGGAGACGAAUAUCUAGGUGGACCAGCUGCCAAUAUCAACUCUACUAUGAACACAACUCUAUUCAACAACACAAUUACUAAUAUAACAACACAGUUACCUGACAUUCAGAUGGUAACAGGAGAACUUUAAAUAUAAUUCCUGAUUGAGCGUACAUUAGGUAUUCAACGGAUUUGAAAUGCAGAUGCAUACAUGAUAAAAUGAUUAGGGUUUGAUGAUAAUGAAAUCAAACCUUGUACAGAUCCCGUAUCCAACGGAUUUGAAAUG